AUGGCAUUCUAUUACGAACAUCCCACAGUAGAAGUACCUCCUGGAUUUAGUCAGCGCCAAAAGCUUUACAUUUUUCACUACGUCCUGAACUUCGGUUUUGGUCUGGCAAAAGUUUUGGAAAAAAUCAGAAUCACCUCAGAAGUCCAUUUCCUCAGGACUGCAAUGGAUAAUAUACCACCAUUAAAAGAUAAACAUCUUUUAAUCAAGGACUUAAGGUUUGAAAAGGUUAAAGUAAGAAUUUACCAGCCAAAAAUAUCAACCACUGGCCAAAGAAGAGGAAUACUUUAUUUUCAUGGAGGAGUUGGACGGUUCGGAAGCAUUCGGGCCUACGAAAGAACAUGCCGCUGUUUCGCCAGAAAAAGCAAUUCAGUGGUUGUGUCUGUUGGGUACCGCUUAGCUCCUGAGCAUCCAUACCCAGCCCAGUUUGAGGAUUGUCUCACUGCCACCAUACACUUUCUGAGGAAUGCGCAAGACUACGGAGUAGACCCUUCUCGCAUUAUCAUCUGUGGAGACAGCAGUGGAGGUACGCUCACUGCUGCUGUGGCCCAAGCACUGGUGAACAGAAGAGAUCUCCCAAAGCUGAGAGCACAAAUCCUAAUAUAUCCUUAUCUCCAGUGCGUGGACUUUGAUUUGCCUUCUUAUCAGCAAAACGAGAAGGUCCCCAUUUUAAUAAAGGAACGAACCCUUGUUCUUGGUUUGAAGUAUCUCAACAUAGACCCGCGACUCAAGGAAGCACUGUUUCAAGGUUAUCAUGUUCCAGAAGAUUUGCGACUGAAGUAUCAGAAGUGGGUGAGUGUUGACAACAUCCCUCACGAGUUUAAAGCAAGAGGCUACAAACCAAGCACAAAACAUCCACCCUCAGAAGAAAUCUACACGCAGGUCAAGCCUCUAUUUGACACUGUUUUUUCACCACUGCUAGCUGAAGACAGCGUUAUUGCUCGACUUCCUGAGGCUUUCAUUUUGACCUGUGAAUUUGAUGUGCUUCGAGAUGAUGGACUGCUCUACAAGAAACGGUUAGAAGAUCACGGUAUAAAAGUGACCUGGUGCCACCUGCAAGAGGGAUUCCACGGAACAGUAUUCUUGGCUCCUUUUGGCAGGCUGCUAGCAUUCCGAUCUGGAACUAAAGGCCUGGAAAAGAUAAUAAAUUUUCUAAGAUUGAUGUAA